AGUCCACCCCAACUACGCUAGAGGACUUCAAGAUGGCGGCCUGUCAGAUGUCAACAAAGGGUGACAACCCCGAGGAGUGUCCAGUGUGCCUGACAGGCUUUGAUGACUUAGUACAGCGGCCACGCACUCUGCCCUGUGGCCACAUAGUCUGCACACUGUGCACAGAUAAACUGAAGGAGCAGCGCCGUGUUACCUGUCCGGAGUGCCGCGUCAGCCAUGCCGUGCCCAAGGGCGGGCAGUUCCCUGUCUGCUAUACAAUUGAGGCCUUAAUAAGAAGGCUGAGAGAUGACAAGGCGGCACCAGCAGCCUCGCCGCCACCCAGUGCCGGGAAGGGGAAAGGGGCAGCAGGAUCAGCUGGCAAGAAGAGAGCAGCGAGUCUCUCCAAGAAAAUGCGUUCCUUUCUGCAGGAACAGGAGGCCACAGUUGUGGCCGCCAUCACCGCCUGCCAGGAGGCUCGGUCCCAGCUGGACCAGUAUGAGGCCACCCUGACAGGCUGGGUCGAGCGGCAGCAGCAGCUGGAGGACAGCCUCCAGGGACUGAUGGACCUGAGCAGGAGUUCCAGGGAGCUCCUGCAGCAGGAAAAGUUCCGUGUGGCACCGAAGAGGAAGGAGGCGAUGAAGAAGGAGCAGGAGCUGCAGGCUGUGCUGGAGAAGUUGCGCACUCGUGCAACAGAGCAAGAGGCAAUCAAGAUGGUGGGUGAAGUGAUUCACUUCACCAAUAAGGCGGAGCAGGUGUUGGAGGAGUGCCAGCAGUGUUUCCCUGACGCCGGCAUCCUCACCACCGCCAGGAAGGUGAGAGAGGUAUCUAGUGCAGCCCUGGAGGCCACCCAGGCUGUCCAGGCGGCUUGGGAAACUGUUUCUACAGAAGAGCUUAGGCCCCAGUCAGUCCCAGAAGAACCCAGGCCCCAGUCAGACCCAGAAGAACCCAGGCCCCAGUCAGUCAAAGAAGAACCCUGGCCCCAGUCAGUCCCAGAAGAACCCAGGCCCCAGUCAGUCAAAGAAGAACCCAGGCCCCAGUCAGUCAAAGAAGAACCCAGGCCCCAGUCAGUCAAAGAAGAACCCAGGCCCCAGUCAGUCAAAGAAGAACCCAGGCCCCAGUCAGACUCAGAAGAACCCAGUUCGCAGUCAGACCCAGAAGAGCCCAGUUCCCAGUCAGACGCAGAAGAACCCAGGCCCCAGUCAUACACAGACUUCACCAUCAUGGAAAAAGUGCAGUUCAUUUUAGAGCCAAACUUGAAGGCCGAGGACUUCCGCAGUUUGACACAGCACACCAGGAGCCUGCUGCAGGCUGGCUGGGUGUUUGCUGAGCUCCAGGUGGAAGGUCAGCGACGACACGCAAGAAUAAGCCUCGAAGCCGGCCGGCCGUGCCUCCAUGUCCUGACGGACCAUCCCCCGCCACUGGGCGCGGUAACCCUGCAGGUCAGCCAGGUCGUGCCGCCCUCCCCCCCCUGCACGGUGUUCCUGGACCUGUCCUGGCCGGGCCGUGCGCCGCGCCGGGUCCACAUCCGUCUGAGCCCCGACACCCAGCGGGGCCGCCAGUUCCUGAUGCUAUGCACGGGGCAGCGCGGCCCCUCCUACCGCGGCACCAGGCUGUACGAUGUGUGGUGGAAGGGGGAGCCGGGAGAGUAUGUGUUUGGCGGGGACUACGAGAGUAAUGAUGGUGAGGGGGAAUGUGUGCUGCUGCCUGGCCUUGAGGAGGGUGUGAAGGGGAGGCCAUGGCGGGCAGGGGAUGUGUGGGGGAGGGGGAGGCAGGGUAUGUUUACCAUCACCACCAGGGACGAGGAGGAUGAUGUGUGGCCUUGUUGUUGUGUCUUCGGUGAGGUGUUGGAGGGACUGCACGUGGUGGCCGAGGCAGCCCAACACAGCGACAUUAAGGAGGUGACUGUGGUGGACUGUGGCGUGGUGCUGUAAGGGUAUACUGGCCUGCACCACCACCACCACCACCACAACAACAUUAAGGAGGUGACUGUGGUGGACUGUGGCGUGGUGCUGUAAGGGUAUACUGGCCUGCACCACCACCACCACCACCACAACAACAUUAAGGAGGUGACUGUGGUGGACUGUGGCGUGGUGCUGUAAGGGUAUACUGGCCUGCACCACCACCACCACCACCACCACCACAACAUUAAGGAGGUGACUGUGGUGGACUGUGGCGUGGUGCUGUAAGGGUAUACUGGCCUGCACCACCACCACCACCACCACCACAACAUUAAGGAGGUGACUGUGGUGGACUGUGGCGUUUUGCUGUAAGGGUAUACAGGCCUGCACCACCACCACCACCUCCACAACAUUAUAGAGGAAAUUGUGGUGGACUGUGUGUGGUGUUGAGGGUACUGGCCUGCACCACCACCACCACCACCACAACAUUAUAGAGGAAAUUGUGGUGGACUGUGUGGUGUUGAGGGUACUGGCCUGCACCACCACCACAACAUUAUAGAGGAAAUUGUGGUGGACUGUGUGUGGUGUUGAGGGUACUGGCCUGCACCACCACCACCACCACCACAACAUUAUAGAGGAAAUUGUGGUGGACUGUGUGGUGUUGAGGGUACUGGCCUGCACCACCACCACCACCACCACCACAACAUUAUAGAGGAAAUUGUGGUGGACUGUGUGUGGUGUUGAGGGUACUGGCCUGCACCACCACCACCACCACCACAACAUUAUAGAGGAGAUUGUGGUUGUUUUCUUAAUGUAUUGUUGUUGUUUUUUAUUUCCUGUAACCUCAAGUUCAGUAUAAUGUGUUGGUCAGUUUCUUGUACUAUUGAGCAUGAUGUUUUGUACACUACAGUAAUCCCUCCUUAUACACGGAGGUCAGGUUUCAAAUUAGACCGUGCAUUAAGAAAAAUCGUGUAUAACUACAUUAGACACUGGGAAAGGGCACAAAAUUAAU